CGCCUCGCCCACCUCUCCGUCAUGGCGCCGUUCGACCUGGACGCUUGCAUAGAGCAAUUACUCCGAAAACAGCUCCUACAUGAGGCUCUCUUGCGCGAAAUAUGCGAGAAGACGAAGGAAAUCCUCAUGCGCGAAUCAAAUGUCGUGCACGUAAGCGCGCCAAUCACGGUCGUCGGCGACAUCCAUGGCCAGUUCUACGACCUUAUAGAAAUAUUUCGCAUAGGGGGUUAUCCUCCGCACACGAACUACCUAUUCCUGGGCGACUACGUCGACAGAGGACUGUUCAGCGUGGAGACAAUAUCCCUCUUAACGGUACUGAAACUGCGGUGGCCGGAUAGGGUCCAGCUCGUCAGAGGCAACCAUGAGACGCGUGCGGUCACUCAGAACUACGGUUUCUACACAGAAUGCGUGCGCAAGUACGGGUCGUCACACGUCUGGACGUACUUCACCGACAUGUUCGACUUCCUCACGCUCUCUGCCGUCAUCGACGACCGAAUAUUCUGCGUCCACGGCGGCUUGUCGCCUUCGAUACAUUCAAUAGAUCAAAUCAAGGUCGUCGAUCGAUUUCGGGAGAUCCCCCAUGACGGCGCGAUGGCCGACCUCGUCUGGUCGGAUCCGGACCCUGAGAAGGAAGACUUCGCGAUUUCUCCCCGAGGAGCCGGGUACACCUUCGGAUCAGGCGUCGUCCACAAAUUCCUCGAGACCAAUGGCAUGUCGCAUAUUCUUCGCGCGCAUCAGCUGUGCAUGGAAGGGUACUCGUCAUUGUUCGACAAGCACCUCAGCACCGUAUGGAGCGCGCCUAAUUAUUGCUAUCGCUGCGGGAACAGCGCUAGCAUAUUGGAGGUGGGACCGGGCGAGAGCAUGUACUUCAACGUGUUCGAGGCGGCCCCCGAAAACGAGCGGGACGGUCCUAGUCACCAAGCCGCACAAAGUGCUGGCGGAAAGCUACCCGAGUACUUCCUAUAAUCGGUAUCGCAUUGAUGGGUUGUGUCACGAUGCAUAAUGAAUAAACGUCGGAUUGUAAUGGAUUAAUGCAAGCGGAUGCUGUACU